CAGUUCACACGUAUCUCCAUUUAGACUUGAUUCCUGCUGCGGAAUUAGUGAGAGCAGUGCGAGUGAAGUUUAGUGAUUGUGCAGUUCAGUGCAGCUAGCUCGACCGGCAUUGAUCAAUUAAUGUGAACAAGCGUGAAAAGCUCUUUUUGGAACCACAAAUAAUGGAACAACAACAAGCAGCUCAACGAGGCCGGGGACGUGGUAAUCUCCGUGGCGCUGCCGGCGGUACAGGAGGAACAGCAGCUGGUGGCGGUCGUCCGCAGCCCGACUGGAAACAACCCAGGUCGCAAAUGCCUGGUGCGGGAGGAAAUGGUGGAGGAGAACCGGCUGCCAAAAUGGCCGAUCCGUCGUCGUCUGCGGUUGUACCUCAACGAGGCGGAAACGGCGGUGGCAACGGUGGAGAUGCCACGGGUCGUGGAGCCAUGCGAGGAAAGCGCGCAAUGCCGGAAGUCGUCGUGACUCGACUCGCAAAUGCGCCAUCAAAGCAGGGUGCAACCGGUUCGAAGAUGGUCUUAAAGACUAACUAUUUUCGCCUGAACCGUCUGGAUAGAGGUGUGGUAUUCCAGUAUCGCAUUGACUUCGAUCCGCCGGUGGAGGACUCGCGCGUCAUCCACGCGCUGCUACGGAUCCAUGGGGCUGCUUUCGGGCCCUACAUUUUUGAAGGGACUAUGCUGUUCCUUUAUAACAAGCUUAAAACCGAAAUGGUUGAACUUCAGGUGAAGGACCCCCGGACGGAUAUUCUUUAUAAAAUGACGGUUCGGCAUGUUGGCACUGUGGACAUGGCAUCGGAACAAGCCAUGAUGAUCCUAAAUCUAAUGCAUCGUCAAGCAAUGGCCAGUCUUAAACUAUUGGAGAUGAACCGUCAUUUCUUCGAUCCUGUAUCAAAGAUCGCCAUCCCGCAGUACGGACUGGAGCUUUAUCCCGGUUACGUCACGUCUAUCCGCCAGCACGAGCAGGACGUAAUGUUGUGUAUCGAGAUCACACACCGUGUCCUGCGAACCGAAACAUGCUACAAUGCGCUCCAAAAUAUGAUGCGCAAUCCCGGCCGGUUCAAAGACCAGUUCAAAAGCGUCUUGAUUGGGUCUGUGGUUAUGUCGAUUUACAACCAAAAAACAUACAAAAUAACAGACGUCGACUUCGAGACCACUCCAUCCUCGACCUUCUCCAAAAAGGACGGCUCGACCAUUUCAUUCGUCGAUUAUUUUAAACAACAGUAUAACAUUCAAAUUCGCGACCCGAAGCAACCGAUGCUGGUAUCCGUGCCGUCGUUGCGCAUGCAGCGUUCCGGUGUUACCGGUCCUAUCAUGCUCGUGCCAGAAUUGUGCCGUAUGACGGGCAUCACAGACGAGAUGCGUCGAGAUUUCAAUUUGAUGCGUGCCAUCGCCGACCACACACGUAUCGGAGCGGAUAAGCGUAUCGAGCGCCUGCAGAAGUUCAAUUCGCGACUGCAGGAAACCAAAGAGAGUCGAGACGUGUUUAAGUAUUGGAAUACCGAGCUUGAUCGGCGCUUGGUGGAGGUUCCAGCUCGCACCCUCCCACAAGAAAAUAUAAUUUUCCGCAUCGAUGCACCCGGCAUUCCGGCCGGUGCGGAAGCUGAUUGGACCUCGGCUUUUCGUAAUAAUCGACUAUUUAAGUCGAUUCCGCUGAACAACUGGUACGUCGUGUGUCAACGUGGCCAAGAGGGGCUAAUCAAUGAUUUCCUCGGCUGCAUGAUGACCGCGGCCAAGGGAGUUGGUUUCAUGAUUGCCCACCCGCAAACGGUGCUGACACGGGACAACAAUAACAACUCUUACGUAGCUGUGCUGAACGAUCUGAUCAACAAAGACCCACAGCUGAUCAUGUGCGUGGUGCCGAAUGAUAAUGCCGACCGUUACAGUGCCAUCAAGAAAAAGUGUUGCGUUGAUCGGGCGAUUCCUACUCAGGUAAUCAAGGCGCGCACGAUCACACCAAAGGGUGGCAAUCCGCGCACCCUAAUGUCGGUAGCGACGAAGGUAGCCAUUCAGCUCAAUUGUAAGUUGGGCGGUAUCCCAUGGAUCGUGAAGAAUCCUCUCAGUAGCGUGAUGGUGGUGGGUUUCGACGUGUGCCACGACGCGCGUGAUAAGUCCAAGUCAUACGGUGCCCUCGUUGCUACGAUGUACGCGACCAGCGGCGGUCCGGAGCCGCGGUACUUUUCCAGCAUUGAGCCGCACGCCCGUGGCGAGGAGCUGUCGAGUUUCAUCUCCACCAACAUCGUCAAAGCGCUGCGCUCCUAUCAGCAGCAGUUCGGUGCAGGGGUGCUCCCACGGCGCAUCCUAAUGUACCGCGAUGGUGUUGGCGAGGGCCAGCUGGGACAUGUUGUGCGACACGAGGUGGACGCCAUCAAAAAGCGCUUGGCGGAAGUGUACGUCAACAGUGAGUUCAAAUCGCAACUCACAAUUGUGGUGGUGAACAAGCGUAUCAACACGCGGCUCUUCAUGGGUGGCCGCAAUCCACCGCCCGGAACGGUGGUUGAUGAUAUCAUCACUUUGCCGGAAAGGACGGAUUUCUACCUAAUUUCACAGUCCGUGCGCCAAGGGACUGUUUCGCCUACCGGAUACAAUGUCAUUUUUGACGAGAGUGGUUUGAAGGCAGAUCAGCUUCAGGUCUACACAUCAAAACAGACUCACGUGUACUACAACUGGUGCGGCUCCGUUGCUGUUCCUGCGGUGUGCCAGUACGCCCACAAGCUGGCGUUCCUCACGUCGCAGCACCUCCACCAGCAGCCGCAUCAGCAGCUCGAAAAUCGUCUUUACUACCUCUAAAUUAGGAGGUAAGAGAGAGGAGGUUGUUGUGCAGGGCGAUUUUUUUUUUUAUUAUUUUUUAAUUUUUCAAACGAAAGAAGUACAAAUGUUAAUGAAUUUUCGUAGCCGAAGGCGGUGACAAUCUUCCAUUUAAAAUGCCAGUGGUACACUCUACUACACACUUAGUUAAGGUCGUGAGAUGUGCCUGAGGAAAAAAAAACCACAACUAUUGAACCAACGCAACGAACACUUUCGGCAUGGCCGUUUUGUGUGCGGUAUGCUUAGUCCUAUAAGAGAUUAUAACUACAGCGCUGUACCAUUUUGUUUCGUUUGUACUGUUAUUCUUGAUUGAACCACCAUUGCACAAUUGAUAUCAUUUUCAUAUAUUCAAUGAACAAAUUUCGGUUUUCUAUUUCAAAAUCAUAUUUCAUUUUCUUUUAAAUUUGUAACUCUUGAUCAUCUCUUACGUAAACAUACGAAACGAGCCUUACAUAGGUUCUGUCAAACCAAUGAACUUAUGAAUAAAAUGAAUUUUUAAAUUUACUAUAUCAAA